AAAGCGCUUUAAACGCGCUGUUCGCCGCGGAGCCUGCAGUCGGACGCCGUGGGAAGUUCAGUGAGCCGGAGAAAUGAAGAGGAGCCAGGAUUUCAGCUCCUCCGACAGCGAGCUGGAUGAAAGCACGGAAAUCGAUAAGGAGAGCGCCGAUGAGCGGGGGACCCUACGGACGCUGCGUGGCUCCGCGAGUCCGUCCGCUGUGUCUCAGCUGCAGGCGAGAAAGCGCCGCAGAGGGAUUAUCGAGAAGCGGCGGCGUGAUCGCAUCAACCACAGUCUGUCUGAGCUCCGCAGGCUGGUGCCCAGUGCUUUCGAGAAGCAGGGCUCAGCAAAACUGGAAAAGGCUGAGAUUCUGCAAAUGACUGUAGAUCACCUGAAGAUGCUGCAUACUGUGGGUGGCAAAGGCUAUCUUGAUGCCCAUGCACUGGCCAUGGAUUACCGCGGCCUGGGCUUCCGCGAGUGUCUGGCAGAGACAGCCCGCUACCUGAGCAUCAUCGAGGGCCUGGACAGCACCGACCCACUGCGGGUCCGCCUGGUAUCCCACCUCAGCAGCUAUGCUUCCCAGCGAGAGGCGCACACAGGACUGGGACACGUGGCUUGGGGCUCUGCGUUCAACACGCCGUCAGCACACUUGCAACAUCGGCUCCUCCAGCAGGGGGCGGCACCCUCACUUAGUGCAAACGGCUCAUCUUCCGUUGAGAACCAGGCUCCCAGCAGGCUCACCUGCACAGCACGUGAUGAACCGGGCCACGGGCCUCUGAGAGUGCCCCCUAGUGGCACCAUACCUCCACUGCUUCCCGUCACUAUCAAGCUGUCCCCUCCGCUUCUGUCUUCCUUGUCCGCAUCUACGUUUCCAUUUUCCUUCAGUUCCUUUCCCCUCAUCACCACAGAGGCACUGAGUCCCUCCGCCACCUCCCCCACCCUGGGGAAGCCCUACCGGCCAUGGAGCAUGGAGAUAGGAGCCUUCUGAAGUUUCAUUCUGGACUAGAGCACCAGCUGAGCUGGGUCUCCAUGAACACAGUGGCAAGAAUGGCCAGUUGUUCCCGUUACAGUGUUGGUCUUGUAGAGAGAAAUACAGGUAUUUCAUAAAAUUACCCUUUCAGAAUUUAAAUUUCUGGAAAGAACAGAAUUUAUGUCUACCCUAAAUUGGUUUGUGUAGUGUGGGGGAGGGGGGGUGAAAUGCUACAACCCCUUUCUUCGGAUGAUUAUAAUGGUUACCGAUGUCUGUAAAGUCACAGUUAAAGCAAUACCUUUGUCAAAGUUCAUGGAUCAAGGCAAUGACCCUCACACAUUUUACUAGACUGGAAAAAAUGAAAUCAAGUGUUUUAAAGAAGUCAUCAACACCGGAAACAUAUGAAAAGACUUGAAGAUAGAAAACACAGACGGUCAAAAACAAUCUGUCACUGUGCCACCCUCAGAUGAAACAUUGCUGUGCAAUCCUGCCUUUUAAGAAAAAGACGUGUUGGUUUCUUCAUUGAAUUCUUUUCUUCGGCAAAAUUAACGGAAUGGCCUGCAACCUACAUGCUGGCUACCAGCUGGGCCUUCAGAUUUUAUGCCUUUAAAAUGAGCCUUUCGUUUUUGAAUUGUUACCACAUGCAGGUCUGAGAUUUGCAAAGUUUAUUCGUACUUUGUCUUUCUAAGCAUAAAUAAAAUGACAGCGAAAAGACACCACUUUGAAUUCUGCUCUUUCGUGAGGCCUUACUAGUAUUUGCCCAACUACAAGAGGACAGCCAUCAAUUAAAAGUACGUUUAUAUUGGAUUACCUGAUAGUUUUAAUGAAAUAUUUUAUUAUCACUUUACAUUAACUGCACUUUCAUAAUGGAUUCAUAAGGAGCAUUUAACAUCCUAACAUAAUUUAACAGCUUUAAUAUACAUUAAUAACAAACAUUAUGUAAUCAUACAAUUAUAAUUUUUGUCAUUAAUGUAUAUUACAACUGUUAUAUCCUGUUCAUUGAAAGUAUUAUGAAUGCCGUGCAGUAAGACAUGUUAAGGUAUACUUUGAUGCUGGCUUAUGGAUGUACUAUGAAUGCAUUAUGAAUGUGCAGUUUAUGUAAAGCCUUACCCAAUAUUUAAAUUACAAAAAUAGAUUUUAACUUACAUAUAGGAAAAGAAAAUAUUUUGUAUAUUUGUGAAGAACGUGUUGAAAAGGCUUCAGUUUUGUGUCCCUUUGUUCAGAGUGGGUUAGUUGUAGUAGACAGUGUGUAUGUUUCUGUGCUCAGGGCGUAACUUUAAAUAAAGCAAAGUUUUGUAAAAUCUCCCAA